UUCUCGUCAGGGAGAACGAAUCCCCGUCCGAGACAGCGACAGGGGGCUAAAAUCGAUCAAGUUCGAGUUGGUUGUUCGAAGAGAUCCCUCGUGCCGCGGGUGGAACGAUCGUUUACCGGUUCGAGGGCAACGCAGCCAACGAUCUCGGCAAGUAUCGCCUUCGAGGAAGCGUACGCAAGAGUCACGAAGAAGCAGUUUAUAAUGUCACCGAAAGCCACGAUCGUCUCGAAGUCAAAGGAAACCGUACACGACGAUCGUUCACAAGCUGCGACGUUCCUUUCGCGAUUCCCGAUGGAUUUUCGCCCCGUGAACCAUCCACGUGUCCGAGCAUCGCCGCGAUUUCGUGUCGAGUCGAACGUCAAGUUGCCCACGUAAGAGGUUACCACGCGCGUUUUGCUUGGCGGACGUCGGCGACGAUGGUGAACCGUAAAUACGUAACUCGGUAAUCGCGUUCACGCGCAAUCGGCGAGGUGAAAUUUCGACGACGAGGUGCGCGAGUGUACCAAGUGCACGUUUUACGAGACGCGAAACGUCGCGUCCGCGCCGGAAUUGCAGAGAGGACACGCAAGUGGACAAGAUGGACAAUUGACGAUAGAACGGGAAGAGAGCCGGCGGGGAGGACAGGCGAUUGAAACGUUCCAUCCAACCGACUCACGGGACGAAAAUGUUGUCCACGGUGUCCAGUGUCGCGUUCGAAUUGAAUUCUUCCUACUACGCGACCAUUGCUGGAGGCGACGAUCAAGAGGGCCUCUCCGUAGUCAAGCCUCAAAACGCGACCACAGACCUCUACAUGUUGCCUGCUUACAUUCGCACGACGUCCAUGGUUGUCUGCAUCGUAGUGAUGGUCCUGGGUAUUAUAGGAAACCUUAUGGUGCCGUUGGUCGUGUUCCGCGGCAAGGACAUGCGAAACAGCACGAACAUCUUCCUGGUGAACCUGAGCGUGGCGGAUCUCUGCGUCCUCCUGAUAUGCACGCCUGCCGUCCUCAUCGAGGUCAACUCCGGACCGCAGAUCUGGCCGCUCGGUGAACACAUGUGUAAAGCGGUGCCGUUUGUGGAGCUGACCGUGGCGCAUGCCUCGGUUCUUACGAUCUUGGCGAUCAGCUUCGAACGGUACUACGCUAUUUGCGAACCUCUGCGGGCGGGAUACGUGUGCACCAAGGCCAGGGCGACGUUCCUCUGCCUUCUGGCGUGGGUGGCAGCGGCGCUGUGCACAAGUCCCAUAAUCUGGGUCUCGCAGUACGGGGAGAUGCGCGUGAACGAUACCAGAAGCGAUCAGGACGCGAGGAACGUAAUCCCCGUCUGUCUGACAAUGGCCGACAACACCGCCACGGUGGUCUUCUUCCUGCUUCUCGUCCUCUUCUUCUACGUCGUGCCGCUGCUGAUCCUCCUGAUCCUCUACGCGUUCAUCGUCAAACACCUGAUGCCCGAUCCCGGCAACACUAGCGACACUUACCACGCCAGGGCGAAGAAGCAAGUGAUCACGAUGCUGCUGUCGGUGGUCGUCGGCUUUUUCCUCUGUCUCUCGCCGUACAGGAUCCUAAUCUUCUACAUAAUCGUCGCGCCAGCCGAGCAGAUCGCAGCCCUCGAUCGCGACACCUUCUUCGCCGUCAUCAACUUCGCAAGGAUCAUGUUCUACCUCCACAGCGCCCUCGACCCGAUACUCUACAACCUGAUGAGCAGCAAGUUCAGGAAGGGCUUCUUAGGGCUGUGCAGACCGAGCUGCAGAACCGGUCGCUCGAAGGGCAGCGUAGCUGGCGCCAGAAGGACCGACACCACCGAGCAGGAGGAGAACUUUGUGUGAAUAGCAGUGGAAGAGGACGCGAGAAAAUGAUAACUGCAUACCUUUUCUGUCCCCGACACGUGUUUUAUUACACGUUCAGAAAUUUCCUCUUUUAAACAGGUGUUAUUCCCUCUGCUGUUUACUCUCUACCGGCACCUAACUUACGUGUGCUAGGUUUACAUACUAAGCCUGGAUGAACGCGGGCCGAAAACUUGGCCCUACAUGCUGCUCGGUACGUACGGCGGAUCGCCAACCGAAAACAUCAAUAACCGAUGGAUAACAGUCGAUGCUGCAGAAUCCAACAAAUGUUACCGAUAACGGAAGAAAGAGCACCACGAUUGAGUAACGAGGUGGUGCAAAUUGCACUCUAGCUGACCGGUCUUUAAUCUUUACAGUAUUUCCGCUGACGACGUUCUAUCUUUAUCAACGCCUAUUUUGAUAUAACGUUCGUUACCGAAGAGUAUCAGUUUUAAGGCAACGGAACGAAACAGACGUCGAUAAGCUCGUAGAUAGAAGCAUAUAUUCUAAGUACGUUUAGUAUUUAUUAGAAUAGAGUCGUAGAAUCCUCAGUCUAUAACUGCCAAAAAAAUUCCGUCCAACGAGACGCUCCGCCCUAAAAGUAUCACGUCCCUUGAAUGUGCGAUCGUGUUACUAUAGAUUCCUUUCGAGACUGAAAAUUACAAUGAUCAGCGGAAAAAUUAAUUGAUCGAGACAAAACCCGAAGGAGCAGCCCAUAGACUGGUACUCGAGAUACCAGUCGAUCCCAUAAUUAUUCGUACCUUCUAUGUCUGUUGAAGACAUUUUUCUAAAUUGAUCGACAGGUUUGAUGUUUACAUUCUUUUAUUUCAAGUAUUCACGCGUGUAAAGUCUAUUUAUGUAUUAUAUUUAUAUCGAAGCAUUUAAUUUAGACAUAAACAUAUAUAGUAAUAUCAAAACUAUUACUUAGUUCAGUGAAACUUGUUCGACAGAGGGUAUGAAUAUUUAUAGGAUCGACUGUAUUUGAACUUUGACGAAGUUACAAGAAUAAAUACCGCGAUAAAUGUUUCAUUACGAACUGUAAACAAACCUCGGAGAGUAUCGGUCCGCUAGUGAACGUGAUAAACGUAGACACGAAUGUAUCAACCGAGACCAUUCGAUCCUCCGGACACGUUUGCAAAUAAAGCUUCUUCGCUCGACA